AUGUCUUCCUCAACCGCCGCACCUGUCCCUCUCCUCCGACCGCCCGUACCGGGAAGGAAUCGCAACAACAGCAAUGCUCCCAAGCCCAAGUUGACGUUGGGCAUUCCGCCAUCUCCCAAUACUCGUCCGCUCGUUAAUGGCAAUCCUGUCCCUGCCACCCAGGCUGCUCCGCCGCAAAUCCAACCUCCUCGUCCCGCAAACCGCCCGGCGCCUCCGCAACUGCGACUCGCAACCCCCAUGGGCAGCAGCUCUGAAGUACCACAAGAAAUGCCUCGGAUGGUCAACGGGAGACCUGCGCCACCGCCCCUCGUGACUACCAACGUGAACGAUGCAAACAAUCAUUCCGGCAAUUAUACUUACCUCGACGGGAAAGCCAGUGGCCCCGCCUCCGCUUCGUCGUCGAAUUACUCGACCCUUUCAUUCGCUAUGGGUCUCCGUCAACCGCCCGGCGGCACGCCAGAUCCUUCGUCCGCCAUAAGCUCCGUUUACUCUGAUCGCGAAAACGGGGUACCGGAGCGCGACAACAGCAGUGUCAACGGGCUCAUUCCCGAUUUGGACAAGUUGAGUCUGGAGAAGGGCAGGCCCCUUGAUGUUGAUGACUUGGAUGAUGAAGGGUGGCUAGCCGCUAGUGAACAAAAGAAGAUUGUCGAACUGGGGAGUCUGGGCGAAGGUGCUGGUGGUGCAGUAACAAGGUGCAGACUCAAGGAAGGGAAGACUGUGUUUGCAUUGAAGAUUAUCACUACGGACCCAAAUCCUGACGUCAAAAAGCAAAUUGUUCGAGAACUCAAUUUCAACAAACAUUGCGCUUCGGAUCACAUCUGCCGCUACUACGGUGCAUUCAUGGACAAGUCGACUGGUACCAUUUCAAUCUCUAUGGAAUUCUGUGAAGGUGGAAGCUUGGACAGCAUUUAUAAGGAAGUUAGGAAGUUGGGUGGUCGCACUGGUGAAAAGGUGCUGGGCAAGGUGGCCGAAGGUGUCUUGAAUGGUCUGACAUAUCUUCAUGGGAGGAAAAUUAUCCAUCGAGAUAUCAAACCAUCCAACAUCCUUCUAUGUCGAAAUGGUCAAGUGAAGCUGUGCGACUUUGGAGUUAGCGGUGAAUUCGGAACCAAGGGUGAUGCCAACACGUUUAUCGGAACCUCGUACUAUAUGGCACCGGAGCGAAUCACAGGUCAAUCAUAUACCAUCACAUCCGACGUUUGGUCACUCGGUGUAACUCUGCUCGAAGUCGCACAACAUCGCUUCCCCUUCCCUGCCGACGGUACCGAGAUGCAGCCUCGCGCCGGUUUGAUCGACCUCCUGACCUAUAUCGUCCGCCAACCGAUCCCCAAGUUGAAGGAUGAGCCGCAAAAUGGUAUCCGCUGGUCUGAUAGUUUCAAAUACUUUAUUGAGUGCUGUCUUGAGAAAGAGCCUCCCCGCAGAGCCACUCCUUGGCGGAUGCUGGAACAUCCCUGGAUGGUGGACAUGAAGGGCAAGAAGAAAGUCAACAUGGCCAAUUUCCUGAAACAAGUGUGGGACUGGAAAGAGUAG